AGUUAGGUUCCCUCCUUGCGCUGGGGUGGUUUACUUUGUAGCGACCGGGCUCUGCAGAGGGAGGCUCCCGUCUGGGUAAUGGAUUUUGAGAAUCUUUUCUCAAAACCCCCCAACCCCGCCCUCGGCAAAAAAACGGCCACGGAUUCUGGCGAAAGAAUCGAUGAUGAAAUAGAUGAUACAGAAGUUGAAGAAACACAAGAAAAGAAAAUAAAGUUGGAAGUUAAUCUGGAAUGUGAACAAAUUCCCAAAAAAUUUAGGCACUUCAGAAACUCAACAUCAUCAAAGAAUUUGCUACAUAGAAAAUCACGAAGUAAGGACUAUGAUGUAUAUAGUGAUGAUGAUGUCUGCAAUCAGGAGUCAGAAGAUAAUUUUGCCAAAGAACUUCAACAGUAUAUACAAGCUAAAGAAAUGGCGAAUGCUGCUCAACCUCUGCCAUUUUCUGAAGAAUCUAUGAAGAAAGAGGGAGCAAAAGAUACCCAGCAAGCUGCUAAACAAAAAAAUAAAACUAUUAAAGCUGAUCACAAGAGUAAUAAUAAAAAGAAGAAAAUGAAACGAAAAUGGCCUGGCCCUGGAAACAAAGGAUCAAAUGCUUCUCUGAGAAACAGUGGCUCACAGGAAAAGGAUGGUAAACCUAAAGAGAAGCAGCAGCAUGUGAGAAUGAGUCAGGGAUUCAUCAACCAACAUACAGUGGAAUACAAAGGAAAACAAAUUUGUAAAUAUUUUCUUGAAAGGAAAUGUAUUAAGGGAGACCAGUGUAAAUUUGAUCAUGAUGCAGAAAUACAGAAGAAAAAGGAAAUGUGCAAGUUUUAUGUACAAGGAUAUUGUACCAGAGGUGAAAACUGUCUAUAUUUGCAUAAUGAAUAUCCUUGCAAGUUUUACCAUACAGGAACAAAAUGUUAUCAGGGUGAACACUGCAAGUUUUCACAUGCUCCCCUAACUGACGAAACACAGGAGCUGUUGGCUAAACAUUGUAUAGAUGAAGAGUGCUUAUGCCUAUGCCUGUCCAAGACUGGUAAUUUGGAGUAGUUUACAAGAGUCUUCAUUCAAGGCGCCCUCUUGUGUCAUUGGGAUGAUGUGCAGUUUCUUUAAUGGAUGGGCGGGCAGAGGGCUGGUAUCUAAUGUAUAGGAGAAGGGGUUGGCCUUCACUGAGGUGUUCGGACCAUUGGAACAGGAGAGGAGCAUAUAUGGCAGAGAUGCCGGCUGGCGGGUUACAGAAGUCUCUUCUGAUUGAUUUAGUUUUCUCAGUAAAAUAGGAAGCAAGCUAAGGCUGAGUGAGAUGGGUAAAGAGGUAUAGGAGGUUUGAGAAGAGAAAACAGCUUAAGGAAGGCAUUGGUAUAAAAGAUGGACCAUAAAAAUUAGAGCUAAGAUCUCUUCAUGUCAUUGAACACUUUCACAACAUGUUUUUAAUGGCUGUUCACAACUUCAUUUGAGGGUUAAAAUAAAUUAUGGUUUUAUGAUAUUUUAAAAUGAAUUUCUUGUUCUUAGACUUUUUUCCAUUUUUGUAGUGUAAUAUUGUAAUAAGUAAAAUGGAUUCUAGUUUUUCCUGUUAUAUAUAUUGUAAAUAAAAUUGAAAAAUAUCUCAUGCUACACCAUUCCUAAACUUGGAGUUAACUUUUCUAUGUUUUUAUCUCAUUGUUUUGUAAACUGUAGUGAGAUGAUAUGCUCACAUAAAGUAUGAACAUUAGAAAUGUGAUAAUGUCUUUAACACAAUAUUCAAAUAAUAAAUUU